AUGCGCGUCCACGUCUUCGAGCAAGCCGCCCUGCUAUUUCUGUGCGCACCUGCGCUUACCGCUGCCGGGCCCUCCCGUUUCGAUCAGUGUUGCACCUCGCCGCUCAACCAGCCCGACUCCCGACCUUCAUGGCGUAAGCUCUCCGAUCGCGUUUUGACGGCGCUUUGGGGCCCGCCCAACACCCCGUCCGCCCACGGCGCUGCCGCGCUCGACGCCAAUGCCAGAGGCGGCCGGGUGGCGCCGCCGGGCAAGCUGCUGGCUCGCUAUGGCGACGACAUGGUGCUGCGCUUCAACGUGAGCACCGAGUACGAGGCCCGCAAGCUCGCCGACGCCGCGAACACGCUGUUCCUCGACGUGUGGGAGUUCAAUGAGAACUGGGUCGACAUCCGGGUAGCAAAGGACGUGGUGCCUUCGCUGCUUGGGCUGUUGCCUGCCUCGCUCCAAGAUGCCCAUGCGCCGCUGAUGCGCGACCACGACCUCGCCCAGGCCAUCUUCGACUCGUAUCCCGCGACGAACCCUGAUUCCAUACCGUCCCGUGAGCCGUUUUCGCACUCGUUACGCUCUUCGCAGAAUGCGCAGACCAAUCUCUUUUUCCGCGACUACCAGCCGCUCUCCGUCAUUAUGCCGUGGCUGCGCCUCAUGGAAUCUCUCUUCACAACACACGCGAGGCUUAUCAACAUUGGCAUCUCCUACGAAGGCCGCGACAUUCCUGCGCUCAAGGUAGGCGUCCAUCCCACCAACAGGGACCAGGACAGCGGGCCGCGCAAGACGAUUCUCGUCACCGGCGGCUCCCAUGCUCGCGAAUGGAUCAGCGUGAGCACCGUAAACUACCUUGCAUACUCGAUGAUCACAUCUUACGGCAAGUCGGCUACAACCACUGCCCUGUUGGAAGCUUUCGACUGGGUUUUCGUUCCGACCUUGAACCCGGAUGGUUAUGUCUACACGUGGGAGACGGACCGACUGUGGCGCAAGAACAGGCAGAUGACCUCCCUCCGUUUCUGCCAAGGCAUCGACCUUGACCGCUCCUAUGACUUCCAUUGGGAUGGCGAGUUUACCAGGAACAAUCCCUGCUCAGAGAGCUAUGCUGGAGACGAGCCAUUUGAGGGAGUUGAGGCCAAACGUUUCGCGGAUUGGGCCAAGAAUGAAACGGAUCAGAACAAUGUCCAGUUCGUGGCAUUUCUCGAUCUCCACUCCUAUUCAGAACAGAUUCUGUACCCAUACUCGUACUCGUGCGCCGACCAGCCGCCUACUCUUGAAGAUCUGGAGGAAGUUGCCCUUGGUCUUGCUAAAGCCAUCCGUGUCUCUAAGGGCGGCCACUCGUAUAAGGCGACAUCUGCAUGCGAGGGCAAUGUUGCAUACACGGGCAAGAACAAAGAUCACAAGACAUACCUUCCGCGCAUGGAGACAGGUGGUGGCAGUGCCCUCGACUAUUUCUACCACCAGCUCGGUAUCAAGUACUCGUAUCAGAUUAAGCUACGUGACACAGGUAGCUACGGUUUCCUCCUUCCCAAGCAGAACAUCGUACCAACGGGCAAGGAAGUUUUGGGUUCUAUCUACUACCUCGGACACUACUUGCUGGGCGAUAUCGGCCUCAUGGAGGAAGAUGAAGAGACGAGCUUGGCGCCUGAGGAUACAGUCACUACUCAACCCUCUGUCCAGAUGGUUACGCUUGACGAGGAAAGCGAAGAAGAAGAACUGGAGGUGGAAUUCCUUGAUGACUUCGCCGACGAUGACGCAACCGAGUGGGAGUUGAGGCGUCGUAGGAGACGUUAA